AGGGGAAAAUCAAUAGGGCCGCGAUCCGACGCGAGUCCUCUCGAGAUCUCCGCUGGGAGUACGUCGCGUGUACGAUUCAAUUAUGUUUAAGUUGCGCGUGCAAUCCUGUGCUCGAGAGCCGGGUUUCUAAUCGGAGGCACAUGAUUAUCGUCUGGUUAAAUGUCAACGGUUUUACGCUCUUCCCUGGUAUUUAUACCAGCCGGGAAUGCCUGUCCCGUCGCCGAUUUACGACGGGUGUCUCGUCACGAGGUUCCCACGACGCGUGUUUGCGAAACCGUCUUUUCGCAAGGCUGAACUUAACCACCGUUUGGGACACGUUUCGGCCGACGGGAGUCUCCGGAGGCCAAAGGAAUUUAACUACAGAGGCCACAACUACUUCUACAGCGGCCACAUCCCGGCUCACGCUAACCAAAGGGUGGAUUGGCUGGACGCCAGGAACAUUUGCAGGGAGUACUGCAUGGAUCUCGUGUCGAUCGAGACUCAGGACGAGAACAACAUGAUCUUCAGGCUCAUCCAGCAGAACGAUGUCCCCUACAUCUGGACGUCCGGGCGCAUCUGCGACUUCAAGGGCUGCGAGAACAGACGCGACCUCGAGCCGAAGGCGCUCUACGGGUGGUUCUGGUCCGCCAACAGGAAGAAGAUGGCGCCGACUCACCAAGUGCCCGACGGCUGGACCUUCAACCCGUGGUCCCAGACGGGACACAAGAAGGUCAGGCAGCCGGACAACGCGGAGUUCGACAUAAACGGCACCAACGAGUCCUGCAUGUCCGUCCUGAACAACGUGUACAAGGACGGGAUCAGCUGGCACGACGUGGCCUGCUACCACCAGAAACCGUUCGUUUGCGAAGACUCCGAGGAGCUUCUGAACUACGUGGCCAGCACCAACCCCGGCCUCCGCCUCUGAACAACCAGUCCCCGACGAAGAUCGCAUCGGCAGCCGCCCUAUCCGUCCACGCGACUCCAGCGGGACGCCAGCCAAAAACGAGAUGAAAAUGAAAACG